AUGAUAGACAGCAUUAUCCCUAAGUUUCCAGUGGGGGAGCAGUCCAAUGGGGGCGCGGCGCCAGGGCCGCGCGUGCGUCCUGCAGCCUCGCCUGGAAGUCGGUGCCUCGGUGCUGAGCGCGAACCCGCGGAGAUGAACCCUUUAACUAAAGUGAAGCUGAUCAACGAGCUGAAUGAGCGUGAGGUCCAGCUUGGGGUGGCAGAUAAGGUGUCCUGGCACUCCGAGUACAAGGACAGCGCCUGGAUCUUCCUGGGAGGGCUUCCUUAUGAACUGACUGAAGGGGACAUCAUCUGUGUGUUCUCACAAUAUGGAGAAAUUGUUAACAUUAAUCUGGUGCGGGACAAGAAGACUGGGAAAUCCAAAGGAUUCUGUUUCCUCUGCUAUGAGGACCAGAGGAGCACAAUUCUGGCCGUUGACAAUUUUAAUGGGAUCAAGAUCAAAGGAAGAACUAUCCGAGUGGAUCAUGUGUCUAACUAUCGGGCUCCUAAGGACUCAGAAGAAAUGGAUGAUGUGACCAAAGGGCUCCAGGAGAAGGGCUGUGGGGCUCACACCCCUUCACCGAGUUCAUCUGAGGGCUCUGAAGAUGACAGACCCACAAAAAAACACAAAAAAGACAAAAAGGAAAAAAAGAAAAGAAAGAAAGACAAAGAGAAGACUGAGCGGGAGGUCCAGGCAGAGCAGCCAGCCUCCUCCUCAUCACCCAGAAGCAAGGCGAUAAAGGAAAAGGAUGACCCCGGCUCUAAAAAGUCCAGCAGCAAGAACUCAGAGAGGGGUCAGAAGUCAGAGUCCAGGGAGGAGCAGAAGCAGCACCCCAGCUCCCCUGAGGCCACGAUGACCUGUCGCAGUGGAGCAGAGGACCGAGAGAGGGAGCCCAAGAAGGAGAAGCCCACGCACGAACACAAGGCCUCAAGCAGGAGGGAAGAAAGAGAAGACAAGAACAGGGCCAGAGACCGAGGUCGAAACUCAGACACGCAUUCUAGCCGGCACAGUGAGCGUUCUGAGGGGCGUAGUCACAAAAGUAGAAGUAGGAGCCAGGAUAAAUCUCAUAGGCAUAAAAGGGCCCGGCACUCCUGGGACCAGGAGUCCUCUAAUCCCAGUGACCGCAGGCAUCACUGACGCUGCAGCCUGCUCAGCUCCUCGGUAGAAUUGGAAAUUACCUACGUUUCUAAAAUGCAAUCAAAUUCAGUUAUGCUUUUACUAUUUCUCUAUGUAGAAUCUCUGAGCUGAAUUCUUGUCAUCCCUUGCGUAUUGGAGUGAUUGAGAGAGCUAUAGUUUCAACAGCCGAAUGUCCUGGACCAAGAUCCGUUGUUCCUGGGAAUACACUUGGUACUUAUCAGAGUAUGUAUCCUAAAUUUGGGUUCAUGAACAUGGCCUUUGAAGUUAUGACCCCACUGUAUGAUGAAAUGUCCAAGAAAGGGGAAAUGCCAGGCAAUUCUAGGCUUUUAGUCUGUGUGCUAGAUGGUUAGAACCGUUGCAGUGACCUUUCCAGUUGGCAGAUAGAGCCAUGGAGUGGAGAAGCCUGGGUUACCUAGGUUCAGACAGCUUGAUGCAAAUGUGAUAACGAUUCUUAACAUCAGCCUGCUCCCCUCCUUUCUUUUGAAAUUUUAAACGUCUUUUUUUUUUUUUCCUUUUUGUUUUUUGGUUAAUAUGUCUCCACGUGUUUUCUUGCAAUUUAUUUAUUUUUAUUGAGAUGAAAUUCACAUAACAUUAACCAUUUUAAAGGGAACAAUUCGGUGACAUUUGGUACAUUCACAGUGUAAACCACCAUUAAAACCACCAUUGCUGUCUACUUCCAAAACGUUUUCAUCACCCCAAAGUGAAACCCUGUACCCAUUUAGCAAUUACUCCCCAUUCCCUCCUCCUCUUUUCCCUGGCAACCACCAAUCUGCUUCCCAUUUCUAUGGAUUUACUUAUUCUGGACAUUUCGUAUAAGUGAAAUACAAUAUGUGGCCUCUUGUGUCUGGCUUCUUUCACUUAGCAUAAUGUUUUCAAACGUUGUCCACGGUGUAGCAUGCAUCAGUACUUCAUUCCUAUUUAUGGCUGAGUAAUAUUCCAUCGGAGGGAUAUAACACGUUCUGUUUGUCCCUUCAUCAGUGGAUGAAUGCUUGGGUUGUUUCCACCUUUUGCCUAGCCAGCUCCCUUUCCAUGUUCCAGACAUACUAGGCUACUUCGGGGCUUAGUCUGCUUUUCAAGUAGCUGUUCUUGCUAAGAAGGGAACACUCUUUCAGCUCCAUUGCAUAUCUGUCUGGUCUGCUUGGCAAUUCUUUCUCAUUUUGAGAGUCUUGUCAUGCUACUUUAUCAGUCCUUCCUUUAUGAGUUUGGUAGGAAUUACUAUACAGGACCUUAAUACCCUUGCUGAAUUUUUAAAAUUGAAUUUCUGACCCUGCAAAACAGAGGACUAGAGCUUUAAGAGUGAGCACACUAAGUUAGAUUACCUGGUGUGUU